GCUUAAUAUUUAGCUAUGUUGGCUGUGUUCUGAUUGUCUCCAGGUGUACAUUUGAGUGAUAUUUUGGCAGUCAUCAAAGGUUGUGGUAUUGCAGGGAGCAUGUCAGGAUGUUUGGCAUUUGUUCUGGCCUUAAGGGCAGGUCACGCACAGACUUAACUGCUGAGUUGUGCAAUCAAUUGUUUUGCAGUAUGUGUCUUGUUAAUUCGCCCUCUGUUUGGUGUUUCAGGGAGUUCCAGUUGGUACCAUUGGACAGCCAAAAUAUCGCUGCUGCCGCUCAUAUGGGACUGGAUGUUGCGAAGUUUGUGGUCGUCGCUGGACAUCACACAACCACCACACGGGAGUGGGACGCAAGUCGCUGGGUUGUUUCGUCACAUGGUGAGCGUGCCCUAAAAGAUGUCAAUCCCAGUCCAGUGCAACAGUCGGGAUGCGCAGCAGCGUCCAAUAAGGAGGUGCAAGGCCUUUAAGGAUGGAUUGGCGUGAGUUAGCGUUCGGUUCGUCAAUCUGGCAGUUAAAGAGGACAUAUGAGUGUUUGCUUUUUGAUUUCAGGUUUUCGUGCAGGUGUAUGCAGGU